CAGGGCCCCAGCAUGCUCCCCUGGAGGCCUGCACCCACACGCUUCUCCUGUCCAACCCCUGCCCGCCUGGCCAGGGCCCACGCUGCCUGUGGAUGAGCCACCGCACCUCCUCUUCCUUCCGAGCGGAGAGAAGCUUUCAUUCUUCCUCUUCCUCCUCCUCCUCUUCUUCCUCUUCCUCUUCGGCCUCCCGUGCCCUCCCAGCCCAGGACCCACCCAUGGAGAAGGCCUUGAGUAUGUUCUCCGAGGACUUCGGCAGCUUCAGGCGGCCCCACUCGGAGCCCCUGGCCUUCCCAGCCCGUCAGGGGGGGCCAGGCAACAUCAAGACCCUCGGAGAUGCCUAUGAGUUUGCAGUGGACGUGAGAGAUUUCUCCCCAGAAGACAUCAUUGUCACCACCUCCAACAACCACAUUGAGGUGCGGGCUGAGAAGCUGGCAGCUGACGGCACGGUCAUGAACACCUUCGCUCACAAGUGCCAGCUGCCAGAGGAUGUAGACCCAACAUCAGUGACCUCGGCCCUGAGGGAGGACGGCAGCCUCACCAUCCGGGCACGGCGUCAUCCGCACACAGAGCAUGUCCAGCAGACCUUCCGGACAGAGAUAAAAAUCUGAGGGUUUCCCCUGCCCCUGCCCUCCCCCCAUCUGCCUCCUUGCUAACUGGCCUGCCAGGGAAGUCUCCCUUGAACCCUGGACAAUAGCCCCCAGAACAUCUCAGCUCAGGCUCCAGCCCCAAAGACCCCUGUGCCCCAGGUGGGUCAUCCCCUAAACUAGGGCCCUCUACUUUGCCCAAGGCAGGCCAGGGACCCCCUUGCUUCCCCCAUGGCCCCUGGAUUUCAGAUAUGACCUCCUUCAAUUCAGAAUAGAGGGGUUUGGGUGGGGAUAGGGAGGUCCCAAAGAACCCACUUUGGGGAAGAGAAUGGGGACAGGCAGGGUCUCUGGGCAAACAAUCUGCAGGACAGAGACAGACAAGUCCUUCCAUCUGUGGCGUCUCUGCAGAGCAGGGACACUGGGGCCCGGGGAUGCUCCUGGCUAAGUUGAGUGGGAGAGGCAAAGGGACAGUCAUAGACAGUGAUGCCUAUCUAGGUGGAAUUGCCAGAAGGCCCAAAGAGGCUAGAAGGAGUCAGCCAUGACAACAAUGUCCUUCUGCUACUGUCUAAGCCUCAAACCAGCUGCCAGGCUACCUAUUGCUCUGUGCUUUAGUCAGCCAGCUGUGCCAGGGCAGGGUACAUGACAUCUGUACACAGACAGGUUUUAUGAAUGCAGCCUACAGUUGGUUCAUGAUAAACGAUGUGAAAUUCCUGUUGUUCUCUACCUCCAGGUGCCUCCAGGAGAGGCUGGGGUAUGGAGGAUGGCUCUUUCUCCCUCCCACCAGAGACCCAGGCCCCUGAGGCUGCUCCCCCUGCAGACAGGAUCCCCCACAGAGUGGAGCAAAAGCAGGGCUUUGGGACCUCAAGGGUGGAUUCCAGCUUCUUGCAACCUUCCCUUCUGGGCAGUCUCCACCCCGUCCUUCCCCCUUCUUAUCUAUGAAUCCACAGGCUGUGUGUUACACACACAUAUGUACACACACACACCCAUCAUUCUUCUUCAAAUACUCACCAUUACCAUUGGUUGAAGCCAAAUUUAGAACAUUCUAAAAUCAGAUUUAGUGUCUCCUUCUGAAUGGGAACACUGAGCUCUUGGGUUCUGGGCUUGCCACUGAAGAUUGGAUCUGAACCCAGGGUGUCCCAGCUGCUGCCAGUCCCCCCACCUCUGUCCAUUCACUGGGCCUCCCUGGAGCCAUGAACCCGCCUAUGUGGUCCUGCUGGGGAGGGGGAACCAUAGGAAGAGCCCAAACCCAUCCCCUACUGGUCUUCAAUCCAGGAAAGGAUCCUGAUCAGCUUUAACCUUGGGGAGCCCUAGCUGCCCGGAAUAACUCUGGCUCAAUCUCCUUCAUACAGAAGCAGGGAGAAAGGGAGGGGUGACUCACAGUUAGUCAUGGUCCCCAGAGAAGUGGCGGGGCCAGCCUCUGGGGUCAGCGUGCUGUAGGGUGGCCUAACUCUGCCAUUCUGGGGUCCAGGGGGAGGCCGGGGAGGGGGCCUUGGGAGAGUCCGGGAGCUAUAAGAUGUACACACAAUAAAGGACCGUCAUAUCACAGAUUUGUGGGCCUUGCAGCUCUCAAACCUGGGAUGGGGUGGGGAAGCUGGGCUGGGAAACCCCAAUGUAAACAGAAACGUUUAAGAUCUCAGGAAAUGUGGGUGUUCCUUGGCCUCCUUGGCUCCCAAACCCCAUCUGCAGGAGUCCCAGGAUUAUCCUAGAGAACGGUCUUAUACAGCAUCCUGACCCUGACCCUGACCCUGACUGCUGCCCUUCCCUUUGGAUCCUUCUCCUUCCAGAGUAUUUGGUGUGCUUUGACUAUGUACCUAGCACUGUGCCCAGCACUGUCACAGGGGGAUGGACACAGGCUUCUUUUUGAAGUCCUUUUUCUAGCCCCCCGGGGGCUCUGAGGCCCAGAGAGGCUGACUCACUGGCCCAAAGUCGUUCAGUCCCUGAGACAGCCAGUUAGAC